AUGCCUGGCAAGAACAACAAGAAGGCCCUCGACGGGCAGGACAACAGCGGCGAGAAGGAGCAGGAUCAGGACCAGGCCGAGCAGUCCGAGGAUAACUCUCUACUCGACCAACUCGACAAACAGCAGCAUGAACGGGAUGACGAUGAAGUCGAGUCAUUGAUCAAGGAGCGGGAUGACAUUAUCUCCCGGCUCAAGCGUAUCCACUUUUACGCAACCAGGAAAAUGUUCAAGCAGAUCGACCAGAGCAGUAUGGACAUCAUGGUUGACCGCCUCUACGACCUCCAGCAGCAACUCGGUGUACACGACGAGUUUGAAGCAAUCUUCGAUCAGAUUACUGAGGUGAACAGCAUUCUGCUGGAGCGAGAGGAUCGUGAGAAGUCUAUGAACAUCAGCCGGCACUCGAGCAGAGAGUCGCUGGCUUCAUCAUCCCAUUCGUCACCCAUCAUCGUCAUGAACACAGCAAACGAUCCCAACUUGGUCGUUGACCCUUGGGACGGCACAGCCACUGGAUACUACAAGUUCGAGCGCCGCUUCGUCUCGACUUACGUACAGAAUGACGCCUACAGUCCGGCAAACCGUUUCGCCGCGUACGCCAGACUGGUCGGUCCCAAGGGACGCGACAUCAUCGAUGAUCUGGAACAGACACCCAAUGGCCUGGACACCGCCAUGAAGCGCAUGCAGGAACGUUUCGCCCACAAGGAACAAGUCAGAGCUGAUGUGGAGCGAAAGCUAGUUAACAUCCCAUUCGUAAAGUCCCAAUUUGAUGCUCAGGGUUUCGGAGCCAUCAUCAGCGCCACUGAGUCAUCGCUUCGAGUUCUGAAGCAAGCAGACAUCGAGAACAGCUACAUUGACCGAGUAGUGUUCGGCACUGUCGGAUCAAAAAUCCCGCGCCCAAUGCUAGAUCGUUUCCUCCGGAAAAACGACUACGCCGAGGACACAGACAAGCUAAUCAGCUACCUUCGGAACAUCGUCGAAGGGCUCCACAAGUCGGAGCGGAUUGUCAGCACGGCACUCAACGUGGCCGCAUCUUCAAAAGCUCGCAUCAACGCGAUCGAGUCCAGUCCCAAUCCAAAGAAAUCAGGCCCUAAGUCGCCCCGAUCGCCGCACGCCGGCCCAUCGAUCAAUCAUUCGCAACAUCAGCCAAGGAGCAACAGGACCGGGCGACCAGCAACUCAACAGAGCUCGAUCACUUGCCGACUCUGUGAAGGAGAUCACCAUUCGUUCUUCUGCAACGAGGGGACGGUGGACAGCCGCAAGCGUCUGGCGGUGUCCAAGCAGUUUUGUUUUCGAUGUCUACUGCGACAUCCAGGUGCCCCAUGCCGAUCGUCGUACAUCUGCCCGUGCGGAGGCACACACACCAGGGUGUUGUGCUCGAGCGGAGGGGUCCGCGCUCCGCCGCAGUCAGCUGCCAACAACAACAGCAACAGCAAUCCAACUGGGUCGGGAAUGCCUCCCUCCAGUCAACAGAGCAGUCCGCCACCAAGUCAAAACCAGAAUGCCCAGACACAGCCAAAGUCCGGCAUUACUAUGAGCAUCCCCAAGGCCGGUGCGAAGCCAUCUUCGACUGGCGGUAGUAGUCAUCUCAAAUACUCGCGACCAGACCUACUGACUACGUACUACGAGACAGUCGUAGUGAAGAUCAACAACGAGAUGGUCCGCGGUCAGCUGGACAGUGGCGCUGGGCGGACGCUGAUCUUGCAGGAGCUCGCAGACCGACUCAAGCUGCGACAUUACAGCAAGCAUGACCUGAAGUUAGGAGGAUUUGAUGGGCUAAGUUCCCAGUCAAGCGAGCGACUUGUCACCGCUCAACUGAAAUCGAUCAGAACACACCAUUCGUUUAAAAUGAUCAUGUGCGUCACGCCCCGCAUCGACCACCGACCUCGAUCAGUGUCCAGCCAACUGUGGAAUGCUCUUCAAUCUGAGGGCUAUGAGCUCAGUGACUCUCCGGAGUACGACCAGCUUCCGAUCAGCAUCGUCGUCGGCGCGGAGUACUACAGACUCCUGUUUCGCGGCAACUAUGUCAGUUACAACGAUGACCUCAGCCUGCGCCCUUCCAUCUUUGGCUGGGUGUUGACAGGAACAACUGAGGAUGACAGAUCAAUCACUCGCCGACACAACUCUCCAUUCGUUGGACUAAUCAACAGCGCCAGUCAAUCAGAAGAUGAAACCUUUCUGCAGUCAGUCGACGCCACUUCGCUCCUGACAUCACCAUCACCAGCAGACGCCAAGUUGGCACUGGCAAACACUGAAUCCCUGUUCUCUACGAACAGCGCCAACGACAGCAAACUCGAAGAGGAGUUCAAUCAGGAGUUUAUGGACAAGAAAGUUCGUUUGCGCGACGGUCGUUAUUCAGUCAAGCUCGAAUGGAUUGAUCCAAUUGAGAUGGGCAACAACAAGCAGGUUGCUCUGAUUCGCCAUCACCGUCUGGAGCGCAGUCUAGAAGCUCGUGAUCUCACACUCGCCUAUACCAAAGAACUAGGAGAGAUGGUGAAUGCAUUUACUGAACCAGCUGAGGAACAGUGCACUUCCAAAAAGUGUUACUACAUGCCACAUCAUCCGGUGUUACGACUGGAUAAGGACACUACGAAGCUGCGAGUCGUCUUUGAUGCUUCCUCGCACGCGACAGGCACCAAGUCGCUGAACGACAAUCUGUACAAGGGUGUGGUCAAGUGGGACCUCCUUGACGUGCUACUGCGCUUCCGCUUUGGCCAGUAUGCAGUGACAGCAGAUAUUGAAAAGGCCUUCCUGCAGAUACAAGUUGACCCAGAGGACAGGGACGCGUUCCGCUUCUGGUGGAAGAACGACACUGGACAACUUUCUAUUCGUCGCUUCAAAGUUGUGCCCUUUNCAAGUUGA